UAAUAAUAGUGGAGUUCAAGUGUUGAACGGCAAAUUCAGUGCUCCACUCUUGUGAGGAGAAGCUGGUAACAAGCAUGGAUGCUCUGAUAGCAUCAUACGGCGAUUCAGAUUCCGACUCAGAAUCAUCUCCACCACUCUCUACUCCGCCUCAUAAUCCAGCGCUGGCUCCACUUCCACCACCUCCUCUCUCUCUCCUCAACCCACCCAAUUCUCUACUCGGUGGUACACUCGAUAACUUGCAGACAAUUCAGCCCACCCGGGUUCGAAGCUUCCCCCAUGUAGAAGGGAAUUAUGCUUUACAUGUUUAUAUUCCAGUUCAUGUACCGCAACAAGCAAGGAAAGAGGCUGUUCAGUUCUUGAAAAAAGUCUCGUUGAAUGUACCCGGUCUUCACGUUGUCGAUGCCGAUAUCCCACUUGACAAACUUUUAAAUGAUGAUCAGAAACUUGAACACAUUGCAUUAGGGAGGGAAUUUCAUAUAAGUUUGGGAAGAACUGUCCCGAUCAGGGUGCAUCAAAUGGAUUCAAUAGUCAACAUGCUUCGGCAAAAGUUACAAUUUCAAAAGCGGUAUUGGAUUGAUUUCAAUAAAUGGGAGGUUUUUGUCAACGAUGAUCAUACACGUGCCUUUCUUUCCAUAGAAGUCACUACAGGAGGCUUGUCAGAGAUAACGAAGCAAAUUCAAGCUGUUAACGAAGUCUACAGGCUCCACAAUCUUCCUGAAUUUUACCAGGAUCCUCGCCCUCAUAUAUCAUUAACAUGGGCGUUGGGUGAUGCCAGUGAUUUGCUACGAAAAGUAGUAGAAGAGACGAAGAAACAUCCUGAUGCUAGAAGUUCAUUACCGAAAAGGGUAUUCACUGUUAAAUUCAGCGGUAUAGAGUGUAAAAUUGGCAAUAAAAAUUAUAAAAUCUGUAAGAUGCCGAGUGAAUGAGAAGCAUCGAUUGAUAUCUGGUUGAUGAAAUCAUGGGGUUGAGCAUGGACGGCUGGUUUAUACGGAAGCACAUGAUGUAGGGCCUGUUGUAAUAUGAAGUUGAAGUUUGGCAUGUUGGAGUUGUUACAAGGACGUGGUCUGUGUUGUUGGAAGUUUAAGGGGGAUGAAUAAUAAGAUCAUUGAGAUGUACAAAUAUAUGCCGAUUCCAAGCCGCAUAGCAAAUAUGUGUCCAUUACUAUUAUCAUAUGCUUGAGAUCAGCUUGAGGCAUUUAAUUACAUUGUUUUGGCAUUUGGUUAGCUGUAGAACUGAGUUUUAUAAUAUUGAAAUACAGAAAUGCAGAGCAAAUGCCAACUUCUGGGACUUUAAUUUAUUAUUGCACAAUUUUGUUGUUUUAAUUUUUGAAGAAUUAUUUUAUAAGGUACGAAAUGACAGAUAACAAAUAGAUUUGAUAUCGCA